GUUUAAACAAUAAUAAUAAUAAUAAAAAUAUUAAAAUUGUGAGAUGGAUAAAUUCGUGACAUUUUUCCUACUGAUGGCACUUCUUGCAUGUGUCUUGUCGUUACCCGAAAAACGUUACAGCAAUGCCCACAGUAACGGAGCAGCACAUUUGGACGAAGAUACCCGAUCAUUGGCAGAAAUAGAAGCCAGUGAAAAAGUUCAAUUCGACUCUGGCAAACGAUUGAACCAGGGACAUUCCCUUAAUUAUGCUCCAGACAAAAAAUACGAGGUUGUGCAGAUGGGUAGCAAAACAAGGGGUAGUAUGAGACACCAAAUUGGACGUCAUACAUCAGGACAUCAAGGUGGAUUUUACGCCUAAAACAAAAACAGAAGCACAAUAUGAUUGGUGUGAUAAUUUGUAAUUGGUCA